AUGUCUAUACAUUUGUCCGAUUUACUCGACUCCAUAUGCCAUGACCUGGAUAAAAUAGGUCCCAAUAGCUUCAUUGUUGAUAAUUCAGUUAAGACAAUAACAGAUCUAACGAUUAAACUGAAGAAAUCUAAGACAUUAUUCAUACGAAUCCAACAAAUGGUGUCAUAUAUUGACAAUCUUCACAUUUGUCAUGAAUUAUACUGUGAUCCUGAUACAGACAUCAUCAAGUAAUUCUUAUCAGGGCAAUUGUGUGAAUAAAAAACUAAUGAAUGACA